GUUCUGUUCUCUAAAUGUGCUGGUCUUCUCCUCCCCUUGUUCCUUGUAAAGAUGAUGGAUAAUGUUAGCCAGGACAAAGUAGUUAAAGGACAACCAGGAGAAUGCUGAAUGGUUACAGUCCAAGUGGCACAUAUAAUGUCUUUCUGAUGAACAUUAAUGGGCUACGGUGUACUUUGGGGAAAGUACAUUACAAGGACUUUGCGAGAGAACAUUAUGACCGGACCCUGUAAUUCUUGCUUAUACUCACGGGGACUGAAUGUUCGAACAUCCUGGCUUUUACAUUGCCUUGCUCAUGUUAAGUAGGAAAAUGGAUGGGAAACAAAUGGAAGAACUUGGGAAAAUUUUUUCUUCCUUUAAAAAAGAAAGGGCAGAUGGUGUUUUGAACACAACUUGUCAGAGAACACGAACGCAUACGAGUCCUGGCUGUUUGAAGGGGGGGGAGAAAUAAGUUGGUUCUUUUUUAGUGGUAAAAAGUAGCUUUAGGUUCUCUCAGGAGCCCGCAAAGAAAAAAGCCACUGAGAAAUGGGAGUGAACUGCAAGAUAGGGUUUCUGUAGCAAGUACCUCAAACCACAGAAGUCACAUGGGCUCUUUCUGCUUUGCUACUUCUGAUUACUUGUCAGAGAGUUAUACAUUUAGCUUCCCCCAUCCUGCAAGGCCACUCAACCAUGUGGCAGCUGGAGUGAUCUUUAGGCACAAUGUCUUUACCAAGGCUCAUGCACCAGAGCAGCAAUGGCAAUUUGGUGGACUGCUGUGCUGGUCCAGCAUGCGGCUCAUACUCCAUUCUCACAGGCAGCUUUUCCAUGGAUGAUAAUAGAAGGCUUCAAAUGCUGGCUGAUACUGUGGCUACUUUGCCUCGGGGACGAAAGCAGACUUACAGGCUCCAGAACCAGAACACCUGCGCCUCAGAGCAGUGCACUCUGAUCUGCAAAAUCCAGGAGGGCAGCCCAGCGCACUGUGCAGGCCUGCAAACCGGUGAUGUCCUUGCAAAUAUCAAUGGUGUGGGCACCGAAGGCUUUACCCACAAGCAAGUUGUUGACCUGAUCAGAUCGUCAGGAAACGUGCUAACGAUAGAGACUCUUAAUGGAACAGCAAUUCUCAAGAAAGCCGAGCUUGAAGCAAAGCUGCAAGUUUUAAAGCAAACCUUAAAGAAGAAAUGGGUGGAGCUCAGAACUCUGCAGUUACAGGAACAGCGCCUGCUUUAUGGUGAUGCAGCUAACUGCCCAAGUUUGGAAAACAUGGACAUAGAUGAAUCUGUUUUGUUUGGAAUCCUGCCCGGGGCAGGCUCAGCCCUCCCGGACCGGAACCGAUUAUCCAGUGAGAGCAGCUGUAAGAGCUGGCUGAGCUCCGUGACAAUGGACAGCGAGGACGGCUACCAGACGUGUGUGUCUGAGGACUCGAGCAAGGGAGCCUUCAGCAGGCAGACAAGCACCGAUGACGAGUGCUUUGUCCUCAGGGAUGGGGACGAUUUUCUGAAGAAGUCCUCUUCCAGGCACCGGAGCAUCAGCACCGCCAGCAGUGGGUCCAUGUCUCCCAUGUGGGAGAGCAACUUCUCAAGCAUGUUUGGGACUCUGCCCCGAAAAAGCAGAAGGGGGAGCGUCCGGAAACAACUCUUGAAAUUCAUCCCUGGCCUCCACCGCCCUGUGGAAGAGGAAGAGAGUCGCUUUUGAUGGGUUGGGAUGCCCCUUCCUAUGAGCGUAUUUCGUAAAUAUUUCUGGACUUGUUUAGAUCAACUCCACCCAGCUUAGUGGGAAAGUGCAAAUGAAUUGCAAAACUGACAUCCCAUUUUAUGGCAAUAGUGACCUUUAUUUAAAUUUUUUUCUAUUGUGUCCCCCUCCACCCCCCUUGCUUCUUAAUGUUUUAACUUAGAACAGCUGAAGUUCUAAGCAGACAGUAAGGGAAUAAAGUUGUAAGUUAGAUAAUAUAACAAAUUAACACAAAUACUUGCUCAUGCUAAUGCUGCCUGUGAAGGCAAGAGUAAUAUUUAUUUUUUAGGCUAUCCAUGUGGAAAAUUGAGAACUUUGGAGUCCAUUGUAAAUAAAAGAGUGACAAUAUAAUUAUUUGGAAUGCCUUCUGUAGGUAAAUAAGAAGGUAUCAAAACUUGAUGUUAGUUUAGGCUCAGUAAUCUCUGGGGAGGCUUAAAAAUAGGCAAUUUUGAAGUUUCUGUUGAAAUCUCUGAAGGAUUAUAAACAAAGAUGACCAUCAGCCAUUUUUCACAUCUACAGUGAUGGUAAAAUGGGAAGUAUAAGAUUUAAUAUGAGGGUUUAAGUUUCAUGAGACUCAUGGAAUGAUAUUGUCUAAAGUGGGUACUGAGAAAGAUUAUAAUAAGUUUGUUUGUUUUUUAUAGGCAGCCUAAACAAAAUAGGUGGAAAUGUUAUUCUUACUUGAUUCAUUUUUUAUUCCAUCUAAUAUUGAACUGGCAAGAUUUUAUAGCUUUGUAAUUUUUUUAACAAAUCUAAAAUUUAAAAAAAAUCUAUAUUCAAGAAAAGGAUUUUCCUCCUGUAGAUUUUUUCCAUACCACUCCUUACAUUAUGUUAUAUAUUUUAAAUAGUUAUUGCCAUGGCACUCUUUAGCCUAUUUGUUACAUUAGUAUCAUAUUAUGUCUAGCCAUUCAAUCGCUUUUUUAUUCAAUGCCUAUUAAAGUUCAUAAUUUUUUUAUUCUCAUGAUAUAGCUGCUCACUGCCUCUAUUCUAGCAAUAUAAUAUAAUAUUCCAGCAAUAUAAUAAGUAGCCCUUAAUGAUUUUAAGGUGUGUGUGUGUAUGUUUGGGAGAAAUAGAGUCAUUUGAUAGUUGACUUUGAGUGGGAAAUCUACAUUCAAAUAAACUGAGGGAAGAAUCAAUCAUUUGAGUAAAAAACAGAGGAGAGGGUAAGGAAGCCUGCAGGUUAAAAUAAUAAUAAUAAUAAAAUAAAAGUGAUCUCUAAUUGAGACCUGAUCUCUAUUAAUUCUUUGAACUCAGAAACAUACAGUGGACAGUACUUGAGAAUCACUCACACGAAAAGUAGAGUGCAGCAUGUUUCACAGAGACAAUAGCAAUCUUGCCUACAUCUCCAGACUGCCUAGAAGAUUAAAAAUGGCUUCCAUGCGAUCCCUGACAUGACCCUGGAGGUAAGUGUUAGACAUGCCCUCAGAAGCAGGAAUUUGCAGACGUUCCCAUCGGCAGAGGCAGGGCUGACGUUGGAAGCCAGUUCUUCCUGUCUCUCACCUAUCAUUAUAGUCUCCCUAGAGGUUGUUUACCCUUUUGCUGGUUUUGUGUAGUUAUUUUAUCACCACAGAACACAGGAGGGUACACUCUCCCUCCAAGAAUAUAUAAAACGUGCAAUUGUAGCUACUGCAUGGACAAAGAGACUGUUUUUGGUGAACAGGAAAACAAACACCUAUCGAUAUUUAGGGUGAUUCUCCUGGGCUGCAUUAGCAAGUUUUCAGAUAUAGGCACAUUUGUAACUGCAUGGUUAGCAAUACAUUUCUUUCCAACAGGGGCUAGCAAAUGGGUUGUGAUUCAACUGAUAGAGCUUACUCCUUAUCAUAGACUAGAAUUAUCACGUCAAAGAUCUGCUUACACAAAUGCAUUUCCUGUUAAUCCUAUUUCACAGAGUUCAGCAGAAAGAAUUAUCACAUUUAUUUGAGGAAAGAUGACUAGUCUUCUGCGGUGCGAGCCGUGUUUUGAGAACCGCCAUGGGUCAUCUGGAAAAGCAGACCCAAGGUCGUUCGCUUUGCUUGUGGCUUUCAGUGUUAAGUUUAGUGCAGACCUUCCUCCUCACAGUCAGCCACCCCCACGAAAAGGCACCAGGAAGGAACAGAGCAAGUCGCACUGUAGUCUGUGAUAAGACGAAUUAGAGUCAAGAGUCAGUUCUGGAAAAAAAGGAAAGCAGCUUUUAACCAGAGUACAGGAAGGGAGGGUAUGACAUGGUAUGUGUGUUCACAUGUUGUAAGAAAGCUAGCUGCUGUUUAGUGGAAACGUGGGUAAAUUUCUCAAAACAUAGCUUUUCAAACUGCGUGUGACCUUAGUAGGGCUUUAGAUUUCAUUUCCCUGCUUAGACACAAAAUGACUCACUUUGAUGUAAUUUACUAAGAAAAGGGUUGAAAAGUGGUUUGUUUGUUUUUUAACCCCAAACUUGUCAAAUAUGUAAUAUUGGUGAUUAGCAUUAAUUGACAAUUUGUUAUGAAAAUGCAUUUUCUAGUGUGCAUUGAUAAGCCAUAAUUUGAAUCAAGCAUAUUGAGAAUUUUGUUGUUACGUCGUUAAAGGAACACCGCCAUGUCAAAAAGUUGGAAAUUAUAUUUUUGAAAUAAAAUUUUAUUCAUCACUUUCUACUUUA